AUGCGAUCUACUACAAAAAAUUGCACUGUGCUAAAUUCAACAGUAUCGAAUUCCGGACAGAGCACAUCAAGAACAUGCGAAAAGAUUGAACGUGAGCCGGGAUACGAAGUGGUUUCCGGUGGAUCAACUUCAUAUCAUGCGCUAUCUUCAUAUGACUCCACAGGAUUACGUAUGAUUCAAACGAAUUAUCGCGACAGUUCUUCAUCACCGCUUUCGCCUCCCCCUCGAAGUGCAAAACGAUUAAAAGCCAGUUCGUCAUCUACAUCGUCAACGCGUAGUUCGAGUGCGAGCAGCAUCGUCAGUACAUUAUCAGCAGCUGUUAAUUCAACCAAUCCAUCAAAAAGUCAUGCUCUUACGGACGCUCAACACAAAGGUACUGGAAAACAGCUGAAUAAUGCACAUUCUACUCAAGUCAGUGAUGGAACAACAAAACUUUCAAAAUAUUUUGCUCGAGAUCUGCUUCAUGGCACAAACAAUGUUAGACGGCUUAAUUCUUCUCCAGUUCGCAUUAAUUCUCACUUGGAUUUCACAAAUCAUAAUGGUUAUGAUGAUAGCAGGCCGUCAACGUCGAAAGGUUUUACACCAGGAUCGAAGUCCGUGCUAAAUGGUGCAGUAAAACGGCGCAUGCACAUAAAUACUGGUCAUACAUCAGCGAGGAAAUUAGAAUCUCAGGGUAAUCGUGCUCUGAAUGGUAAAGCUGAGGGGAAACGAUUGCUGUCCGAAAAUAACGAACUGGAAACUAGGUUCCCUAUAAAUAAUCGUAUAGUAUUUUAUUCGACAUGGGAAGGCAGCCGUGUUCUGAAUCCGGAUGGUCGUAAUAUCGGUGUCGGCCUGUGUAAUUAUUCCAACGAUUGCUUUUUAAAUGCCGUCCUUCAAAUUAUUUUGCAUUGUAUUCCGUUUGCACGAUAUCUUGGCGAGCAUCUCCCUUUAUUUUCAUGCGUGAAAGAUUGCGUCGCUUGUGGUCUUGCGAGAUUUAUAAGGUAUUCAAUGUCGAGCAGACAGCCGUUCAAACCUUCUUGGAUUAGUUUUAUUUUGGAAAAAGCAUUCCCAUCUCAUCUAUUUGGUGCACAGGAAGAUGCUCAUGAAGCUUUGAACCACAUAUUGGAUGCUCUUGAUUCCGAAGCACAGAAUGGAACAUCUUCGGAUCGUAAUAAUCCAUUAAAUGGACCGCGCUUUCCGACACCAGUGGAACAACUUUUUGCUGGAACAUUACGAAAUCAAGUUCAGUGUUCAACUUGCUCAGCAAUACUAAUAAAUUACGAACGGUUUCGGGAGCUUAAUCUUGGCAUAAAGAAACCAAGUUAUGAUAGGCGGAUAACCUUGGAGGAUUUACUCGACGAUUAUUUUGGCAACGAAGUCUUGACCAGUUUUAAUUGCAAUAAGUGUAAGAGGUCAACGCAAAUCCAACGGAGUUCACGUAUUUUGCGUGCACCUAAUCUUUUGCUUAUCCAAAUAAAACGGUUCAAUUCGUUUGGUGGAAAGAUAGGCGUCCAUGUUAAUUUCAAUUUGAGGAUGAAUCUCGAACGAUAUGUUCAUCGUGCAGCGGAAGCGCAUUUUUAUGAACUUACUGGUAUUGUUCAACAUAUGGGUAAUGCAGUGGAACAUGGGCAUUAUAUUGCUGUCGUACGAGGAUUUGAUGGUAGAAGCUAUUAUUUGUUUGAUGAUGAACAGCGUCACCGAGUUUCUCUAUCUGAACUGCACAAUAUACAGGCGUAUAUGUUGUUGUACGUUCGUUGUAAUGCAUUCAGAAAUUCUGUUUCACCUUCGAUAUCAUUGAAUGCUGCAAAUGAAGCACAAAACGAUACACCUCCCAGAAAUCGAAUGAUGAAGCGUCCAUAUGUUCAAAUAUCGAUGGAUUCUUGA